AUGGACUGUGCAGAGCCUGGUGUUGUACUAGAUCAAGCACUGAGAAUCUCCAAACCCGUGGACAAAUUUAGUCCUAGCCAGUUUCCUAAUUUGGCCGGUGAAACUGCAAAGGAACAACCAGGAGCCUUGGAGCAAACUCCCCUUUGUUUAUCGCAAAGACUAAUCCCACCCUCUCCACCCCCAGCAGACAUAUCUACACAAGAAGAAAUGCAACAGCAACAACUGAGUACAACGGCCAGUUUCAGCCCAAUGCCCCUGCCUCCUUUCAAUGCUGAAGAAGACAAUGCAACUUGGUUCUCCAACAAUAGGAGUUACGAUUAUACAGAAUCGAUUUCGGGUAUUGACAUAGAAGGAGAUGUUUUGUCUAUACUUAUAGUUUUAAUUUGCAUUUUGGGGUUUAUAGGGAAUGGGAUUGUCAUCUGGCUGCUUAGCUUCUGCAUUAAGAGGAACCCUUUCACUAUUUACAUCCUGAACCUCUCUGUUGCGGACUUGGGUGUGGUCACAGCUAACUUUUUUAUAGAAGUAAUUUUCUUUGCAACAGGAAGGUAUGAUGGACCUCUGUAUCAUUUUCUUGAAGAAGUCUUUCAAGUAAUGUACAGUGCUGGUCAGUAUCUACUGACAGCCAUCAGCAUUGACAGGUGUGUGUCAGUCCUCUUCCCAAUUUGGCAUCGAUGCCACCGGCCAACAAAUUUGUCCACUACUUUGUGUUCCGUAAUAUGGGUACUUUCUAGCCUUCUCUGUGGAAUUAACUUCACCCUCCACUUGACUGAAAAGGUGGCCAAUUAUACCAUGAAACAGUAUCAGUUGGCUGUGAACGGCAUCCUUUGCCUCCCGCUCAUGACUAUCUCAACUCUAAUUCUAUGCCUCAAGGUCUCUUUCAAAUCGCAACAGCGAAGGCGGGGUAAAGCUCUAAUAGCCAUCGUGCUUGCUCUUCUUUCCUUCAUUAUUUUUUCGUUUCCACUGAAUGCCCAUUGCAUCAAAGGUUAUGUUUUUGAUUCAGUCUCUACCAUUUCUACAAAUUAUGUCUUCUUACCUGCCUGCCUGAACAGCAGCGUUAACCCUUUGAUCUAUUUCCUGGUUGGGAGACAGAAGAGAGGCAGACCUAUGAAGAGCAUGAAAGCCAUACUCCAGAAUGUUUUCAAGGAGGAGGAAAACUCAAGAGAGAAAGCGGAGACCUCUGUUGAAACAAAGUUCUGA